AUGAAAGAAGUGGGCGAGGGUUUUGCUUUGGUCGUAGUGUGCAUUUUCUCGCUUUUCGGUGAAUUCAAGAAAAAUGGAUUUAAAAAACAAAAAUUUACAAAUGAAGAUGAAUUGCUUAAUAUGCAAAAACUGCGAGAAGAUAGAGAAAUAAUAAUACCGAAAGAGAGUCUUGCGUUGCAUGACACUGGUGCUUCGGAAAUUAAUCCGAAAAGUCUUCGCACCAAGUUUCAUCAAGAAAUACUGAGAAAAAAGAAAGAGAAGUAUAUCGAAAGAAUCAGAGAAACCGCUCGGGCUGAAAUAUUAAAUUUUGAGGAAAAAGGUUUUCUUCUUCCUGAUAAUGAUGAGCGCACAUAUGCAAUUCGGCAAAACGAAAUUUGUGCCGCAGUUGAUCUUGCGAGUGCCAGUAAGCAUUUUGACUUGAUUUUGGAGAGAUUUGGUCCUUAUCAAAUCGAUUAUACACCUAAUGGAAGAUUUUUGUUGAUUGGUGGUAGACGUGGUCAUGUGGCUGCUUUCGACUGGUUAACCAAAAAAUUACUUAACGAAACUAAUGUUUUAGAAAGUAUUCAUGAUAUAAAAUGGUUGCAUGUUGAAACAAUGUAUGCUGUCGCUCAGAAACGCUGGACAUAUAUAUAUGAUAAUAAAGGCACUGAACUGCAUUGUCUGAAAAACCUUCAUGAUAUCAGGCAAUUGGAAUUUCUUCCAAGGCAUUUUUUACUUGUAGCUGGAGCCAAAACAUCAUUUCUGCAUUAUCUUGAUGUGUCAUUAGGUAAGUUAAUACAGUCUUUUCCAACGCGACAAGGACCUCUCGAUGUCAUGACUCAGAACCCAAAUAAUGCUAUUAUCCAUACUGGACAUGGGAAUGGCACGAUACAGCUGUGGUCGCCAAACGUACGUGAGCCCUUGAUAAAAUUACUCGCACAUCCAUGUACAGUGCAGGGUAUUUCAGUCGAAGGCCAUUAUAUGGCUUCCACUGGUCUUGAUCGAUUUCUUAGGAUAUGGGAUGUGCGAAAUUACAAAAGCUUAUUCUCGUAUAGACUGCCUUUUGGAUUAUCUCAAAUUUUUAAUGAUGCACAUUUGGGAGCUUCAGUAGAACCUUUUUUAUUUCAUCGUUGUGCUGAAACAGUUCAUAAUCUUCAGUUUUGUCCUUUUGAAGAUGUCCUUGGAGUUGGUCAUCGAAACGGUUUCACAAGUUUAUUAGUACCUGGAUGUGGUAACCCUAAUUUUAAUGCACUUUUAUCCAAUCCAUAUGAAUCGAAAAGUCAACGAAGAGAACGUGAAGUGAAGCAACUUCUAGAUAAAAUACAGCCCGAACUCAUUGCUCUUGAUACAACCGAAAUUUUUCAAAUCAAUACAGAUAUAAUGAAAGAAGAAAGUGAGAGAUUACAGAAAAUGCUGUAUAUAAAGCCAAGAGAAAUUAAAUUCCAACCGAGAAAUAAGAAAAAAGGACGCAGUGAUGCGCUAAAGAAGGAACAGCGCAAACAGGGAGUUCGUUCUGAAAUGAGAUUUGCGCAGAAUGAAGGACGCAAAAAGGCUGAACAGAAAUUCUUACCUACAAAAAUGCAGAAACCAGUUGAACAAAAAGUUAAAUCAGUGUUAGAUCGCUUUAAAAGAAGGGAUAUUUGA